CACACACUACCGUAUGUCACUAACCCAUUGCGUCUAGGGUUUUCUCCUGCUUUCUACCGCGUUACCAUUUCGUUUCCUUUUUCCUUUCUCUCUUUUUACAGAUCCCCUUCGUCUCUCGUUCAGAGAUUCAUGGACUUCUUUUUAACCUAGGAUUUCGUGGUCGCCUUUCGCGGAGUGCAAUUCCCUUUCAGCUUUUCCGGUAUUGGUUUCAACCUAGUUCCGAAAUGGCGACCACCAAUCCAUUUGAUUUGUUGGGAGAUGACGACGCCGAAGACCCAUCGCAGCUAAUUGCGGCCAAGCACGCGGCGGCGGUUCUGUCUAGGAAAGGUUCUGAUCAUCCACAGGGCAAACAGGCGGCUGCGGCAGCUAAACAGAACAAACCUGCUAAUCUUCCUUCCAAGCCUCUUCCACCUGCUCAGGCUGUAAGGGAAGCAAAGAAUGAAGGUGGUCGUGGAGGUCGUGGUAGUGGGCGUGGUGGAGGCGGAUAUGGAUAUGGGCGAGGCCGUGGCAGCGGUGGCUUCAAUCGUGAAUUUCCCUAUAAUGAUUACUCAUUUAGUAGUAAUCCGGAAGAUGGAGAGACUGGAAGGACAACAGAAAAGCGUGGUGGAUAUGGUGGACCUCGUGGUCGUGGUGGCCGUCGUGGUGGUUUUAAUAAUGGAGAGGCUUCUGAUGGUGAACGCUUUCGUGGUGCAUUUGAACGCCAAAGUGGAACUGGUUAUGGAAAUGACUUCAAGCGGGAAGGAUCUGGGCGUGGGAACUGGGGAAGGUCAACUGACGAAUUUUCUGCGGGUGCCGAGGAAGUUAACGAAAUUCAAAAGAAGGUAGGUGAUGAGAAGCCUGUUCAUGAGGACGAUGAGAACUCUGCUAAACAAUUGGAGGAAAAAGAACCAGAAGACAAGGAAAUGACUCUGGAGGAGUACGAAAAGUUGCAGGAGGAGAAAAGGAAGGCCCUUCUGGCACUAAAAACUGAGGAGAGGAAGGUAGAUCCUAAAGAAUUUGCAUCCAUGCAACAACUUUCAAGCAAAAAGGACAACCAGGACGUCUUUAUUAAAUUGGGUUCUGAUAAGGAUAAGCGUAAAGAAAUUGCAGAUAAGGAGGAGAGAACUAAGAAGUCCUUGAGUAUUAACGAGUUCUUGAAGCCUGCUGAAGGAGAGAGACACUACAUGCCAGUUGGUCGGGGUAGGGGCCGGGGCCGUGGCUCAAGGGGAGGUUAUGUUGGCAGCUCGAUGAACAGCUCAAUGAGCAGCAGUGUUGCAGCAGCGCCCUCGAUCGAGGAUCCAGGUCAGUUCCCAACCUUAGGUGGGAAAUGAAAUUCUGAAUAAAUUGGACUCGAAACUGUGAAUAUGGUUUUGGGCGUUCUGUCUUUGAUUUGAUGUGGGGUUCCACAAAGAGUUCUACUAAGUUUUAUUUGUUUAGAUGUAAAUUGUGAAAGCCAUGUAUUUUUCCUUUUAUCAUUUUCCAUCCUGUGUGCUUUUCAACAGUUGUUUCGGAUUUGCCAUAUCCAACUAUUUAUUUCAUUUUACCUUAUACCAUAUUCUUAUUCUCUGUU